GCUGACGCAGUCUGCUAGAUAUAAUGGCAGCCAUGAUGUCGCUAGCGUGUCCGCAGCAGCUUAUUGCACGGGGCCACUUCGCCCGAGCCCGCGCGUGCUUCCAGGCCGUUAAGGUCUCCGUCUCGCGCCGGCCGGUGGUAACCUAUGCCACUGCAGCUGUCCAGGAGGCUCCCGCGGCCACAACUGCGCCCGCGAAGGGCUCUCAGGUGCGCGUGCGCUUCGCGCCCUCGCCCACCGGCAACCUGCACGUCGGUGGUGCCCGCACGGCCCUCUUCAACUGGCUGUACGCGCGCAAGAUGGGCGGCAAGUUCAUCCUCCGUGUGGAGGACACGGACACGGCCCGCUCCACCCGCGCCUCGGAGGAGGCCAUGGUCCGCGACCUCAAGUGGCUGGGCCUGGACUGGGAUGAGGGCCCGGACGUGGGCGGCGCGCACGGCCCGUACCGCCAGAGCGAGCGCACCGCCAUCUACAAGGAGAUGGCCGACAAGCUGGUGGCGGAGGGCAAGGCCUACCCCUGCUUCUGCACCGAUGAGGAGCUGGAGGCCAUGAAGAAGGACGCGGAGGAGAAGAAGCUGCCGCCCAUCUACCGCGGCAAGUGGGCUCGCGCCACCGCCGCCGAGGUGGAGGCCGCCAAGGCGCAGGGGCUGCCCUACUGCUACCGCUUCCGUGUGCCGUCGAACCAGGAGGUGAAGAUCCACGACCUCAUCCGCGGCGAGGUGUCCUGGAACACCGACACGCUGGGCGACUUUGUGCUGCUGCGCUCCAACGGCAUGCCCGUCUACAACUUCUGUGUGGCGGUGGACGACGCGCUCAUGGGCAUCACACACGUGCUGCGCGCCGAGGAGCACCUGCCCAACACGCUGCGCCAGAUGCUCAUCUACCAGGCCCUGGGCUUCCCCGUGCCCACCUUCGGCCACGUCAGCCUCAUCCUGGCGCCAGACAAGUCCAAGCUGUCCAAGCGCCAUGGCGCCACCAGUGUGGGCGAGUUCCGCACCCAGGGCUACCUGGCGCCCGCCAUGAUCAACUUCCUGUCGCUGCUGGGCUGGAACGACGGCACCGAGCAGGAGAUUUUCAGCGUGGAGGAGCUCACCACCAAGUUCAGCCUGGACCGAAUCACCAAGUCCGCAGCCGUGUUCGACAAGGUGAAGCUGGGCUGGAUGAACGGGCAGCACCUGAAGCAGCUGCCGGAGGAGGAGGCGGCGGCCAUGGCGGGCCAGCACCUGGUGGCGUGCGGGCUGCUGGCCAGCGCCGACAGCGCCUUCGCCAAGGCCGCAGUCAAGCUGGUCAGCAAGAGCAUGGAGCUGGUGACGGACGUGGAGCCCGAGGUGCGCAAGCUGCUGGCCUACCCGCUGGCGGAGACACUGGCGGCGCCCGAGGCCAAGGCCGUGAUCGACGACGGCUUUGCCGAGGUGGCGGGGGCGGUGCUGGCGGCGUACGAGAGUGGCGAGCUGGCGGCGGCCAUGGCGCAGGGGCACGACGGCUACAAGGCCUGGAUCAACGGCGUGGGCAAGGCCCAGAAGCGCAAGGGCAAGAAGCUGUUCAUGCCGGCGCGUGUGGCCAUCACCGGCCGCAUGGCGGGCCCCGACGUGGGCGACCAGCUGGAGGUGCUGGGCGCGCUGGCGGGCGCGGCCGACGUGGCGGAGGCGGGCGCCUACGUGCCGCUGGCCGACCGCAUGGCGCAGCUCAAGGCCUGGCUGGAGGCCAACAAGGCGUGAGGGAAGAGGCGGGGUGAAGGCGGGGUGGGGCGGGGGGAGGCGGGGUGGUGGAGGCGUGUGGAGGCGUGGUGGUGAGCCGGGGCGAUAAGGCGGCGGUGCGGGAGCACAUGGAGGAGGAGGCGGGAGCUGGUGGAAGAAGGGCGCGGUGUGAGAGCUGGCGUGGGGGGAGGGGGGGAGGAAGUGCAGCACGCAGGGGGGGCGGGCAGUGGUGGGGUGCAGUGCCGCACACACACGGGGGGAGGGGGUCACAGCCGGCGGAGUCGCGCAGAGAGUGUGCGGGCAGCCGGCUAGCGAGGAGGCGCAGGAGGGACGUGCUAGGUGCGGUAAGGGAAAGGCAGGGGGGCGUGUGAUGUGUCGUAGGGGCCGGCAGGUGCCUUUCAAGGGGCACUAGUUGUGCGCUGGAGGAGGCAGAUGAUGAGAGAGUAGGGCAGGAGCACACGGGAUAACGGGACCAAGUUGCUUGCACAGCGCUUAGGCCUGCACCGCUUGGAAGAUGUGGCAGUUGACUCUUGACUGCGUGACGGCGGCAUGAUGGUUGUCACUGCUCUGCUGCCGCUCGGUGCGUUGAUGUGUCGCACAAUAGAGGGGUGCCUGAGCGUUAAAUGACUGGAUACGGGGAACGGCAAAGUGACGGCAAAGUGACCACGAGUGAUCACACGAAGUGACGGCGGGUAUGACCUCGCUCCCCCUCCCCCUUGAAGUUUUCAAGCUGCUGCAGUGAGCGCUGUGAGAUAUUAUGAUAGUGUUGAGUGUAACCUUAGUAGGGC